GUUGGUCGGUUCUAUGAGGGUAGGGAGAGGGCGAGAGUUCUCAGUGACCCCGCGGAUCCUGAGCGCAGAGACAGAGAGAGUGUGACAGCCGUUUUAUGUGAGCCCCGGGAGAAACCGGGCUCUGCCGCCGUCUCCGCAGUGACUGACUGAGUGCCGUGUCCAUGGAGCCGGAGCGGCUGCCGGGCCGGGCGGCAGAGGGGCCGGAGGGGGAGGAGGCCGCUGCUGCCGCUCCUCUGCUGCCGGGUCUGGGCCCAUGAGUACGAGCGGAGGCCGCGGCGGCGCGGUUGCUAUGGAGCCCCUGGAGGCCUUGUUCAGCCCCGAUGUGGGAGUCGGUGAUGGCCCCGGGCCCGGCUCCUUCUGGACGGCGGUGUUCGACUACGAGGCGAGCGCCGAGGACGAGCUGAGCCUGAGGCGGGGGGAGCGGCUGGAGGUGCUGUCGACGGACGCCAAGGUGUCGGGCGAUGACGGCUGGUGGACGGGAAAGAUCGGCGAGAGGGUCGGCAUCUUCCCGGCCAACUACGUGACCCGGCAGCCGGCCCGGAGCCGAGCCCCGGCGGCUGAGCUGUCGGGACAGGCCGGGGGGGCCCAGCAAGCGGCCGCCACCGAGAUCGAGUUUAGCCAGCUGACCCUGCAGGAGAUCAUCGGGGUCGGCGGCUUCGGCAAGGUGUACCGGGGCACCUGGAAGGGGCAGCCCGUGGCCGUCAAAGCCGCCCGCCGGGACCCCGACGAGGAGGCGGGCGCUACGGCCGAGAGCGCCCGCCGUGAGGCCCGGCUCUUCGCCAUGCUCCAGCACCGUAACAUCAUCGCCCUGCGGGGCGUCUGCCUGCAGGAGCCCAACCUCUGCCUGGUCAUGGAGUACGCGCAGGGUGGGCCCCUCAACCGGGCCCUGGCCGGGCGCCGCAUCCCACCCAGCACCCUCGUCAACUGGGCCGUGCAGAUCGCCCGCGGCAUGUGCUACCUGCACGCCGAGGCCAUCGUGCCGAUCAUCCACCGGGACCUGAAGUCCAGCAACAUUCUGUUACUUGAGAAGAUUGAAAAUGAUGAUAUCGCCAACAAGACAUUGAAGAUCACGGACUUUGGCUUGGCCAGGGAGUGGCACAAAACAACCAAGAUGAGUGCGGCAGGAACAUAUGCUUGGAUGGCCCCUGAGGUUAUCAAAUCAUCCAUGUUUUCCAAAGGCAGUGAUGUCUGGAGCUAUGGCGUUUUGCUGUGGGAGUUACUAACUGGAGAAGUACCUUAUCGUGGGAUUGAUGGUCUUGCAGUAGCAUAUGGAGUAGCUGUUAACAAAUUAACCCUUCCUAUUCCAUCCACGUGUCCUGAACCAUUCACCAAGCUAAUGGAAGAAUGUUGGGACCAGGAUCCUCACAUCCGUCCAAAUUUUGCUACCAUUUUGGAGCAACUCACUGCUAUCGAGGCCACAGUCAUAACAGAUUUACCCCAGGAAUCAUUUCACUCCAUGCAAGAUGAUUGGAAAAUGGAAAUACAGCAAAUGUUUAAUGAGCUGAGGACAAAGGAAAAAGAGUUGCGAUCACGAGAGGAGGAGCUGACAAGGGCAGAGCUCCAGCAGAAGUCCCACGAAGAGCUGCUGAAGCGACGGGAACAACAGCUGGCAGAGCGGGAAAUUGAUGUGUUAGAGCGUGAGCUGAACAUUCUCAUCUUCCAGCUGAAUCAAGAAAAACCAAAAGUGAAGAAAAGAAAAGGCAAGUUCAGGAAAAACCGGCUAAAGCUAAAAGAUGGAAACCGAAUCAGUUUGCCUUCAGAUUUUCAGCACAAGAUCACUGUUCAAGCUUCUCCAACUCUCGACAAAAGGAAAAGUUUGAAUGGCAGCAGUUAUAGUCCACCGAGCAGCCCUACCAUUAUCCCACGACUAAGAGCUAUACAGCUGAGCUCCAAAACAGAUGCAAUCAAUUCCACCGGCCACCGCAACAGUAUAUAUGUAUACCAACAGGAUGUCGAUAUCGCAAGUGAAUAUACAAGCAAAUCCUUCUGUAGGGCUAAGACAAAAGUUACCCUUGAUGAAAGCAAUAGAACCUGGGGUAAAAGCACCAUAUACCGACAAGAAGAUUAUGAUGAAGAAGUGCAGAAAGCUUGCAAAAAGAAAGGGCGAACUUGGGGACCUAGUUCUAUGCAAACAAAGGAGCGGGCCAGUUGUGAGGAAAGGACAAGGCCUUUGUCAGAUGGAAACAACCCAUGGUCUACAAGUUUGUUGAAGACUCCAACUUUACCUCUAACCUCAGUUUUUGCAAAUGUUACAGACCAUGGGAGCACUUCUGAACAGACACGAGCAGCUGAAGACUAUGAAAAUCGACCAAAGCAGUCCAAAUUACCUAACCAGGUGUAUAUUGAUCUACCUCUUCGUAAAGAUCAUCAGGGAGAGGGAGAUGGUGGCAGUGAAAGUCAGGAGGAGGUGACACCAGUCAGUUCAGCCAACAGCACCCCACAGGUCACUCCCACAAAUAGCCUGAAGCGAUUAACACAGAGGAAGAAAACUGAUAUGGUAUUGUACGGGUGUGCUGUGCUGCUUGCAUCUGUGGCCUUGGGAUUUGAUGUCAGAGAAGUGAAUAAAUCACAGGUUUCAGAGGAAUUUGAGGUCAAAGAGGAGAAGAAGAAAAAGGAGGGCCUCUUUCAGAGAACCAGCAGGUUCCGCAGAAGCACAAGUCCUCCCAACAGGACAGUCUCCAGGAAGGAAGAGACUAACAUUCCCUCACUAAAUUCCCACGCUGUUAAUCUCUUGUCAGUGUCUUCCAUAUCCAAAUGUAAUUCCACAAGGUCCUUGCUCCGAUCAGACAGUGAGGAUACAUCCAUUUAUAACAUGCCUGGCAUGCCGAACACUGUCAUCCAUAGACCAGAAUUCUUGACUGACAAUCCUCCAAAUGGCUCUGUGAACGGAGUACACAAGGAUCUAGAUGAAUCUCCUUUGUCGGACUCGGACGCACCGGUUUUUGUGUGUCUGACUGAAUUCAGUGCGAUGCCAGCAAAGGGAGCUGCUAACCCCAAUGUAACCCGCCAUGGCCAGCUAUCAUCAGAAGAAAGUCCAGCCACCAAUGGAGUUUCUGACUCCAGUCCUCAUAGAGAGUCAUUACAGUUCCCACGUCUUCCAGAUCCCAGAACCAUUUAUCCAAUGUCUGCAAGACGAAGAACCCCAAAAAGGGAUCCAACGCCUGAGAGACCAAAAUCUGGCGACGUGGUACCAAGGCCUCGGCCUUCUUUGUCCCGAAUAAGAAUGGACCCCUGGCGACUCGUGUCUCAGUUGAUCGGACAAGAUGUGUCAUUAGAAAGUACAGGAGAUGUCAUGGUGACCAGUUCAGACGUAGCUCUUACUACCGAGCGCCGACCCAGCUUGCCCUUUGGUGCCUGCUCUCUACUGGACAUGGACAUGGAAGGCCAGAGCCAGGAUGGCACAGUACCCCUCUGCAGAAGUGAAUCCAAGCCUAGCAGACCAAGUGACUUUGAACUGGAGAGAGAGUUUCUGUCUUAGCACUCACUGCCUUGGAUACAAGACCAUGCAAACAUAACCCUUUUAUGAUUUGGGAGCAAAGAUUUAUGAAUGCAAUGAACCUUACUUGGAAAAAGAAAUGUGAACAGAAUGUAAUUUGUUUCAGGUUUUGCGUGACACUUUUUUUCUUACUGUAGAUCCAUGGGGUUGCAUCUGAUUGGAACAGAUGAAAAGUAUCAUCUCAUCACUUUGUCAUAAAUACCUGACCCUCAAUACCUGGACCCAAGCAGGAUUUGAUCUUGGGUCACUGGUACAGAAGGACUGUUUAUCCUGCACCUAGUUCUGGCUCUCAUAUUUGGUAAAGCAAGUGCAUGUUGCUGGCAAGCACGAGAUCAAUCUAAUGCAUGUGGAACUGGAGGAUCAGUUUUGCAUGUAGCCCUUGGUAUCUUGCACUUUGAAUGUUCUGAACACAUCAAAAAUGUACCUGAGGUCAUUACGUGUCCAUUGCAUAUUUAAAUUGUAAGUCUAAUCAGGUAUUUUGUGUCAUUUGCUUGAGUCAUUAAUCUUUUUUGCAUUGAACCUCUACUGUGGUCCAAGAUCUUUUAUACACGUAAUUGACUGUUUAUGAAUAAUCUAGCUGUUAAUCUUAACUCUUUAUUUCUCUGAUCGAAUGAGUGUCCCCCUUUGACUGUCCCUUCAUAUAGUUACUUUCUCAAAUGUCGAUUUAUGUGAUCGUCACUAUGCAAAAUCAAUUUAAAUGCUGCAGUUUUCAUCACAUUUGAUUAACAAAAUGUCCAUGAAGACCAGAGGCUGAUGAAACUGACGUAUUGCACAGAUUGUCAAUUAUCAUGUUUUCAAAAAUAAAUAAAUCGGCUCAGCGCUCCCCCAACGUCCACCCACUCCUCCCUUUAAAUGUGCUUUGUGGUUAAAGGUCCUUCUGCUGAGCCACAGAGCCUAGCCAUGUCUCAGGUUGUUUUCCUGGUCUCUACUGACAUAACUGCUUUCAGCAUUGGCAGUUAGGGGUGCAACAAGAGACAGUGACAUCCCUGGCUUUGCACUUGUCAUACAUCACCAAGUGCUAAUGUUGCAAGGAUGGGACUGGACGAGAAUGUUGUGUCCUUGCAGUCAGAUGACCUGCCAGCACUUACACUUCAUUCAGGCCAAAAUUGUGGCAUAUUGGACAAAGUAAUAGAGUGAAAAAUAAAACAGAAGUUGCUGGAAAAGCUCAGCAGGUCUGGCAGCAUCUGUGAAAAGAAAUCAGAGUUAACGUUUCAGGUCCGGUGACCAUCCGUCAAAGUAAUUGAGAGUGAAUCAGAUGCCUACAGAACUGUAUCCCCCUGAAGGUAUGGACACCUUCAAGAAAGGAUGGCUGUAAAUUGCACUCUGUAAAUUGACAAAGGGACACUGUAAAGUUUUGUUGCAGUAAUACAUUAGAUAGUAAUUUUGAGCAUUAAUUGGAACAAACUUUGCCAUAUUCAAAAGUAACAAAUAUGCUGAGACAUUGCUACUUAGAUCUAAAUACUUAAUUUGGAACAAUUUGUAGGGAACUAUGCCUGUUUCUGAGGAGAUUUAAGAGGACUUUGAUAUAAAUUGACAGACUGUGGGAUUAAGGGCUCAUUUUUUAGAAGUUAAAUUCAGAAAAUUGUAGCAUAUAUACAUUAAAGGUCACAACUCCAAUGAUUUUUAUAAUUAAUUUUACUGUUCAAAACCACAGUAAAAGCUACAAACACUGGAAUGAGUUGAUAUUGUUUUUACAGUGCAUUCUUAAUUUGAGGGAGGGCUGGGGGAGAAGGCUUAUGUGAAAAGCUCAUGCAGGGUGAUCACAUCACCUUUGAUUUACACUUAUCUGCCUUCCUGUUAACUUUCUAUUCUGUCAAUACUGCGGUGGUCCACUAAGCAGACUUAACUUUGAAAACAAAGCACAUUAGCAUAUGUAAAAUAUUCUGCUGCUAGUUUUCAACUUGUGACAAACCUCCUUGAAAAGUGCAUUUACUUGCAAAAUAUAAUUCAUUUGCUGAAGGCGUUAUCUUUACAAAACUCCUGAUCAUUUUGAACACUGAUGCGUUUUGUGCUGUAUAGUGCUGGCUGAUUUAUAACCCCAUGUUCUUCAGAUAUUUCCCAAUACCUAGUUGCCUUAUUAAGACAUUUCUUGAACAAGAUGCUUCAGGGCACAAUGGAAUGUUAUUCCAAAAUCCUUUGAGGAGUAAUUCCCCAGAGUUUUAUAGUUUUCAUUGUGAUGUGACAUGGUUAUUCAAAGACAAUUGCUUCAUUAGCAUAUCUUGAAGAUAGUUCCAUUCUUUUUCCAGUAGAUGGUCAACUCUGGAUAUUGCACAACCAGGGGCUGAACUAAAGUAUAAAUUAUUAGAUGCCAAAGUACUGAACAAAGGCCAGUUCUGUAGUUAAGGUCUGGAUUUGGCUUAGAUUUUUUUAAUCCAGAUUUGGUACUACAGAGCUGGUGUCCCAGAAAGAAAAGGUAUGCUGUUGAAGCUUUUCAUCUCUCUCUCAUCAGGACAAAUGCAAGAAUGCCAAAUUUCAAAGGGAGAAACAAUUUCUGCUGGAGAAAAUGGUGCUGAUUUGAUGUCAACUUGCAAACAAUUGACACCUAUUUUUGUACACUAUAAAUUGUUUCUCUGUGAAAUUUGGCACUGUUGCAUUUGACCUGAUUGAGUACAAAAUGUAAAGCUUCAGCUUUUUUUCAGCAGUGUCCCUUUUGUUAUCAUUCAGAGUUGUUCUGAUUUGGUAAGCUUAAAAAGACAUUUUCCAUCAUAGCAGAAGAUGCAUACAUGCAGAUUUUCUGAUCAUUUCUUUAACCUCCUGAGCUCCUUUGACAACUCUGUGGAUGUCUUGAGCUGGCUCAGUUACUUUGUGCUUCAGUUCCAGGCUGUGACUCUCUACCCUCUUUCUCCUUCCCCCACCCCACCAAACCAGUUCCUUCCAGAUUACUCUAAAGAGCAAUUUUUUUUUCCAAGUUGACCUGCAUGAGGAUCAUUUCCAUGUACUGAAUCGUACAUGGCAAAAGAGCAUCUGUAUUUAGGUUGUUGUGAAUGAUGUGUAUCCAGCAAUUUGAAGUUUCCAAAAUGAAGUGACAUUAUAGCAAUGGGGUUUGAGUUCUUCCUGUCUGAAAUGGGUCAUAAGGAGUAUUGUGGCUUAGACUUUUUUUUAAAAAAAUGUCAGUAUGAGGAUUUUGUACCCUUGCCGAGUGUGCCUGCUUUGUUUUUGCAGGAAUCAUAGUUUUAAACUAUACCCUUUUUAUACAUUUUCCAGUGGUCACUAAUAACUGGAAGAAAGCAAGAGGAUCCAGUAACAAUUGAGAUUCCUAAGGGAUAAUUUUUUCAAACAGCUGUAUUUUUGUUUAAAAUUGUCCAAUAAGUACAAAAUUUUAAUUUAGAGAAUGGAACAUUGAUAUGUAAUCCAACUGAUUCAUCUUGCCAGUGUUAUCCUGUAUUUUAAAACUAGUUAAGCUUUUUAAAUAACUGAUUGUUGAUGGAGUAUUGUCUUUUACCUCUGUUCAAAUACAAUCUUAGUUUAUUUUUAAAAGCAUUAAUUACUGCACAGAGACUGAUUCUGACUCUUGCUACUCGAAUCAUACAAUUUACUUGUGCUAUUAUUUUUCAGUAAAAUAAGGAAGCUAUUUGUACCACUAUGUAAAUCAUCUGUCAAAGGUCUUUUCACUUGAAAAUGCUGCUUUAUAUAUUUGUUUAGUUGUAUUUUUACUGCAGUUUGAAACUUUGAAUAAUAUUUAUGUAAAAUCUUAGGUAUUAAAUAAGAACUUGUUUUAUAUUUUGCCAAGCGGGCUUGGUCCAUGCUGAAUCCCAACAAAGGCUAACGGGAAACCUUUUGAGAAGCUCAGCAUCAGAGUAUGUGUAUAGCCCAUUUUGUUUCCCUCUUCUAAACAUAACUUUGAUAUGAAAGCUCUUUUUGAAAAAAGUAAACCAUGACAUCAAUCACAAAGAAUUCCAUUGAACAGUUUAGUCUAAAAACAAGCCAUUAAGUAAGUCUUGAUCAUUGGUUAUUACCAUUGUUUACUGUGAGUAAAAACUAAAUAUCUCUUCCUUUAUUUAAUACAGCCUGUCAAUGAUAGGAACAUGAAAACUAGGAUGUAUCAUUCUGUCCCUCGAUCCUUUUCCACUAGUUAAUUACAUCAAUUCAUGAAGUAGGUGGUAGCAUGGUAAUGUCACUGGACUAGUAAUCCAGAAUCGCAGCCUAAUGUCUGGGGUCAAGGGUUCAGAUCCUACCCUUUGGGCAGUUCGGAAUGGGCAAUAAAUGCUGGCUGUACCAGUAACACCUCAGUCAAUGAUAUGUACUUCCACUCAUCACCUUAAAAAUCCCCGUUAGUCCACCUCAUUCUUGAACUGAUCUCUACUUUCCACACCCCGCCAUGCAUUUUUUUUGGGGGUAAUCUGUUUCAUAUUUACAAUUAGCUCUAAUUUUAAGACUGAAGGGGUAAACAGCAGUUACUAUAAUGUUACUGUUUAGUUAUAGUUUAAUACUAUAAUGUUAAUUGUCUGAAUGUAUAGUGUUAAACUGCACUAAAUGAUUGGUACUGUCAAUUAACUUUUCCCUAAGUAAAGAACAAAAUUUUAAAGAUUACUUUGAAACCAAGGUAAUACUUUUAUCAUUGAAUGCAGUUUGUUUUAUUAUUAAAUUCACAUAGGUCUCAGCAGUAUACGACAGGUAUUAGUAGAAUGGAUGGGAACACUGAGCUUGAUUGUCAAGCCUUUUUUUGUUUAUGUCUAAAACUUUCCUCAUGAGCUCAUGUAUACAACAUUCUUAGGCAGCUAGUCUCCAUGGAACCUAUUUGUCAGGAAUAAUCGGUGCCCACAAGAGCAAGUGAAGAUAGUAUAACCUAACUCUAAUAGUCUUAUCUAAUGAGACAAGAUCAAACUGGAAUUCUGCACCUUAGAAAUUAUCUUGCUGUACACAAGAACUUUGGCAACAAAAACAAUUAACGUACGAACUUGGGCCACUCUUAAUGUAAGAUAACUAUAAAGUCUGCUUGUUGCCCUUUUAAAUGAAUUAUGUUUGAAGAAUGUAAUCUGUUUUCAAUAAAGAAAUUGAAGAUAGUCGCUGUAAAGAUCACUGAAUACAAUUUUUAAACUAAAUUAAUGGAAAAUAGCUUAUCUAUUUGGAUUUUUUAAAUGUUUACAAUGGUUUGACUGGAAAACAAGGCAGUCCGAUGCUGUAAGUGAUACUACAGCAUAAAACACCUCAUAACUCACAACUGUGGCUUUCCUAUUUUGAACUUAACAUGUUGAAAUUAAACAUUUUUGAAUGACUAACUUUAAAAAGUAGUAACCCAUGCCUUUUCACUCCCCAUUACAUUAUCACCUUUUCGGCCAGAUCCUUUAAACUCAACACAAAAAAAAGUAAGCUUAAGAUAAAGAAGGUUAAUUGAGCAAUCUUUCCACUGCAUGGCCCCUUGAUCCCAUACCAAAUAAUUGAACUGUAUGAUUCUCUCAUGUCAUCAUUACUGCAGAACAAAGUAUCAUUGUUGCUUCCAAGAACAUCCUACCUGCCUUUAUGCAGGAUUAGGGUGUGGUUGAAGGGGCAAAUCAGACCUUUCCAUUGGUCACUGACCUCAAUUUAUUUCUUUUCCACAAAGCCCUUAAUUUAAAAAAAAAUUAGUGCUUAAAUACAAAAAUACAGUAUUAACCUUAAGUUGUUUUUCGGGGUGGAAAAAGUCCUGACUGUUCUGGGUGUUACCCCUCCCUGAUGCUGGGCUGGUGUUUUAGAAGGUUGAUAUUUGACUACAUUGUUUCUGUGCCUUAAAUUCUAUUUUGAUUAAUUACAGUGGGUUGGAACCAAAAACCCACUGAUCUUGAUUGAAAAGGAUGCUGUAUUGGAUGAAGCUUUGAUUAAUGCAUGUUACCACUCUAGGUAAUGGACCAAACGGUACAAUGUACUAUUCUCUUGAAGGACUCCAUAUUCUGCUGCCAUUUUUACUGUGCAUACCCCGAUUGACUUACACUAGGAGUUAAUCUGCACAUUCUAACAAAAGAGAAUUACCAGCUGUAAAGUAUUUGGGUUUAAUAGCCCAUUACAUUUGUAUUGUAAGUCAACUUUGAGUUUCUGCAGUACGCUACAUACAUCCCAUGUGUAUUUUGUCUUAAAGGAGAAGAUAUUUAAAUGACAAGUAUUCCUUCGUUAUGUGGAUCAUGUGAACUGAAUAAUUGGCACAGUUGUCAUGGAUGUAAUUGGACAGUAUGCUCUGCUUGUCAGUUUUACUUGUAUCACAGGUGCUGUUUGGAAUAGAGUGUUAACACUGUUACAGUACAAAUUAAUGGGGAUGUGUAUACUACUGAAUAUUUUUCAUUAGCUAUAAAUUGUUUUUGUAUUUUAUGUUGUAGUUGGCACCCAUGCUACUGUUGAGGGCAGGGGGAAAAAAAUCACUGCAUCACUUUCUGCAAAGAGGUUAUAUGUUGAGAUAAUUGUGCUCUACAGAAUUUUGGCAUGUUUUGGCCAAUGCAAGAAGCACAUCAAUUUUAAUAAAACCAGUUUUUCAGUAA